AUGAAACUCAUUCCCGCGAGAUUCCUCCGAUCACUACACGUGCCAACUCUCUUCGACCACACGUUCCACCUUGAGCCUCUAACUGCAACCGUACUCUCACCCCCUCACAAUACUACACUCAAAACGCUUGUUUAUAAAUACGAAACGCGUGCCACACAAGGAAAUAGAACCAUAACCGCUCAAACUCUCGCUCACAUGGAAUCUCCAAAUCAAGAAACCGAAACAAAAAUGGAAGAAAAAGAAGCCAUUAAAAUAACGAACGAGUUCCGAUCAGAGUUUCUGGAAAUGCUCCGUAAGAGACGAACUACUCAAGUUCCGUUAACGGUCGAAAUCGCAAAACCAGCUGCGGAUUCUUGGUAUCAGAUUUCUCCGCCAUCAAUCGAUGAGGAGAUUAUGAAAUCUUGUCCAAAGAAAGACAUUGAGAACUUCAAAGAUUUGCUCCAGGAGGAGAAUCUGUAUUUGAAUAUAGAAGAAGGAGAUCAAGGAAAGUUGCCUGUGUUGAUUUUGAGUUUGAAGGAAAAUGAUAAAGAGAUAAAAAGACCUACAGUUGUUUUUCUUCACAGUACAAACAAGUAUAAAGAAUUUUUGCGUCCAUUGCUAGAGGCAUAUGCUUCGCGGGGAUAUAUAGCAAUUUCGGUUGAUUCUCGUUACCAUGGUGAACGAGCAAAGAGCGCCACCACCUAUCGGGAUGCUCUUAUUUCUGCAUGGAAAACCGGAGACACAAUGCCAUUCAUAUAUGACACGGUAUGGGACUUGAUUAAAUUGGCAGAUUAUCUAACACAGAGAGAAGAUAUAGACCCCUCUAGGAUAGGAAUCACUGGAAUAUCACUUGGAGGAAUGCAUGCCUGGUUUGCUGGAGCUGCUGAUACUCGCUACGCAGUAGUUGCUCCUCUAAUUGGCGUUCAGGGAUUUCGAUGGGCCAUAGACAACGAUAGGUGGCAUGAGCGAGUUGAUAGUAUAAAGCCUGUUUUUGAAGUGGCUCGUGAUGAUUUGGGUAAAAGUGCUAUUGACAAAGACGUAGUGGAGAAGGUGUGGGAUAGGAUAGCUCCUGGUUUAGCUUCCCAAUUUGAUUCCCCCUACUCAAUUCCAUCAAUUGCACCCCGUCCUCUGCUUAUUCUCAAUGGUGCGGAAGAUCCUAGGUGUCCCCUUGUCGGUUUGGAAAAUCUAAGGUUAAAAGUAAGUCAGAUAUAUGCAGAAUUUCAAUGCUCGGAAAAUUUUAAGUUUAUUGCAGAACCUGAAAUUGGGCAUCAAAUAACAAAAUUUCAGGUGAAAGAGUUGUCUGAUUGGUUUGACAAGUUUCUAAAGCCUCAGCAGGUUGAGCCUAAAUUGUAA